AUGGUUCAUCCAUCUUCUAAGGCAAAUGAGAAUGAUUCAUGUAAGCCUAAGGAGAAAGAGGUGUUGGGAAGAAGAGAGCCUCCAAAAGAGUAUCAAAUUAGGGACCAUAUUCCAAGGGAUAUGCCAUUCCCUAAGGCCUUGACUAGAUUUACUAAGAAAGCGCAAGAAGAAGAUAGGCAUGAUGUGUUUGAUAUGUUAAAGAAGGUAGAAGUGAACAUACCACUUCUUGAGAUGAUAAAAAGCAUGCCUAAGUGUGCAAAGUUUUUAAAGGAGUUGUGCACUAAUAAAAGGGGAUUCAAACCAUUAGCUACAGUUCAAAUGAGUCCUAAUAUUAGUGCUGUCUUUAAGCCACGACUUCCUCUAAAGUGUAGAGAUCUGGGGGCAUGUACCAUUCCUUGUCAAAUAGGGAAUGUGUUUAUUCAAGAAGCCUUGAUUGACCUAAGGGCAGCCAUCAAUAUGAUGCCCACUCAUAUUUAUUCUUCCCUUAAUCUUGGUGGUCUUCAAGAUUGUAGUGUUAUCUUGCAACUAGCCGACAGGAGCAUUAGAAAGCCAAAGGGAUUCUUGGAAGACAUCUUAGUGAAGGUCAAGGACUUGGUUUUUCCAGCAGAUUUUUAUGUGUUGGAUAUGCAAGAAGGAGGCCAAGGCAUACUCGUCCUUGGGAGACCUUUUAUGAUGACAUCAAGUACUAUAUUGAACAUGAAGGAAGGUAAACUUACCAUGGAGUUUUUGGACAACAUGAUUGAAUUUAAUAUAUUUGAUAGCUUGAAAAACUCUUAUGUUAAUUACAGCCUUCAUUUUGUGGAUUGCAUUGAUGAUACACUUGAUGGAAUCAUUGAUGAGGUUUCUAUGCCUCCUAACUUGGAUGAUGUUGCAUCUUUGCCUAGUUUCACUUAUUCAUGCACUCAUGACUCUAUUUGUGUGAAUUGCAAUAACAUAGUCUUUAAUCCUUUUGUGCCUAAUCAUUCUCCAAGGUUGGAGGAGUGUUCUACUUGUGAUGUUUCAGGUUUAGGGACACUUGAAAAGCAUGAACAAAGUGAUUUUAGGGCUGUUAAUGAUCUAAGGGGUGUGCAAAUUGGUGCUGAAAGUCCAGAAUCAGAUCUGACUGAAAUGGGAAUUAAUUUUAGAGCAAGCUAG